AUGGCUGAAACUGCCACUCGUUCAAAAUUACCUGAUGCAUGUGCUAGGAGCAGCAGCAGCAGCAGUAGCAGUACAAAGGGUCCCCCUGAAGCCUCUGCGGACAGGAACUUUGGUCCUGGUCAGUUGUUCAUCAAUUCUUACCGAAUUUGGACAUAUCUUUCGAAUCUGUGGCCCAAACCUCUGGGCCCCAAUCCUACCAUCCUACCAUCCAUCGUGCGUUGA